AUGAAGAAAUUAUUUUAUAAACAAAUAAAUACGAAAAACAUAAAUAGUUUUAAAAAGUUUUUUAUUACAACAGAAAUAAAUAAAAAUAUUGAUUUAGAUAAUUUUCUUAAUGAUAUAAAAACCAAUGAAAGCAAAACAUGGGAAUAUUAUGUAAAAGGAAUAAAUCCUGAUUAUGAGCCACGAAAAGAAAUGUAUCAGUUUUUAAAAAAGAAAAACAUUAACGUAUAUAGAAUGACUGUUUAUGAGAUUGAAUGUUUCACAAAAUGGAUACUCAUGAGAAAGAUAUAUGGGGAUAAAUAUCCCCAAUUUCCAUACGAUAUUACAUUUGAAGAUAAAAUUAAUCAGCUAAAACAAAAAUACCCAUUAGAAUAA